CCUUUCACAUAACACUAGACUUCACAAUGCUAACCAUACUCGUCUCUACUGUUUUCCUCCUCAUUUUUUUCUCUUCAGCUCCCUUUACAAAUUCAGCUCCUUAUACUCCUGCUGACCACAUACUCUUGAAUUGUGGUACGUCAUCGAACACUACAUCUUUGGAUGGUCGGAACUGGGUUGGCGAUGCUGAUUACAAAUAUUCCUCCUCUAUCUCUAAAGCCUCUUCAUUUGCAUCCAAAGCCUCCGAUCUUGAACCCUCUGUUACUGAAGUGCCUUACAUGACAGCUCGUAUUUUUCAUGGCAAAUUCACAUACAAAUUCCCUGUUUCACCUGGCCCGAAGUUUCUUCGUCUCUACUUCUACCCAAAUGAAUAUCCUGGCCUUGAUAUAACCACUUCCUUCUUCUCCGUCACUGCUAAUAAUUACACUCUCUUGCGCAACUUCAGUGCCUAUUUAGUUUCUGCUACUAGUCCCCCAAAAGUCUUCAUUAUCAAAGAAUUUGUCGUCCCUGUUAGUAACAAUAAGAUGCUACAUGUCACCUUUAGCCCAUCGCCAUAUUCUUUUGCUUUUGUGAAUGGCAUAGAAGUCGUUUCCAUGCCUACCAACCUCUAUACAGUCCAGAAAUAUGGCUCUCAUCGCUUAGUAGGCACCAACUAUUUUUUCGAGCUUGAUAACAACACUGCUCUAGAAACUGCGUAUCGGCUAAAUGUUGGCGGAGGAGAUGUUUCAAAUAUAGACGAUACAGGGAUGUUCAGAACAUGGCAUGGAGAUGUGGACUAUAUCUUUGGAGCAGCAUCAGGAGUUACCCCUUUUCAGCCUGAAGCUACAAUAAAAUACACCCUGGCCACUCCGGCUUAUACUGCACCAGAAGUUGUAUACAAAACCUCUCGUACAAUGGGUCCUACUCCAAGUAUUAACUUGAAUUACAAUCUUACCUGGCUUUGUCCUGUUGAUUCUGGAUUUUACUACCUUGUCAGGCUUCAUUUUUGCGAGACUGAACCGGAUGUAACAAUGCCAAAUCAACGUGUAUUCAACAUCUUCAUUAAUAAUCAAACAGCUGAGGCAGGUAUGGAUGUGAUCGCCGUUAGUGGUGGUAAUGGCGUUCCAGUGUACAUAGACUAUGUUGUGUGGGCACCACAUGGCAGUCCAAGUACACAAGAUUUAUGGGUUGCAAUACACCCCUCCACCCAAAGUCAUCCAUUAUUUAUAGAUGCUAUCUUGAAUGGUUUAGAGAUUUUCAGGUUGAACAAAACAGAUGGUAGUCUUGCGGCACCAAACCCUGAAGUAGAAGUGGUUCACAUAUCGCCAGUGCCUGAGCUAAAGCACUCAAAGAAGAGGAGAAACUUUAAGGCCAUCAUCGGAGCUACAACGGGCAGCAUCGCAUCACUCUUUCUUCUAUUUUCCUAUAUUUUCUGGCAAAGGAAACAUCUUCUGUGCAUAACAAAAUCCUCAAAAAGAAGAAAAGUUUCACCUUUGUCAAAAGGCAUGCGAUGCACGCACUUUUCACUUGCUGACAUCCUCACCGCAACAAACAACUUCGACGAUGCUCUCGUUAUAGGACGUGGUGGCUUUGGCAAUGUAUACAAGGGUCACAUUCAGGGUCUACAACAUGAGGUGGCAAUUAAGCGACUCAAUUCGAUGUCCCAUCAAGGUGAAAAUGAGUUUUGGACAGAGAUUGAGAUGCUCUCUCAGCUUCGAUACAUUAACCUUGUUUCACUAAUAGGUUAUUGUAAUGAUAACAACGAGAUGAUUCUUGUUUAUGAUUAUAUGGUCAAUGGAACCCUUUGUGAUCACCUCUACAACAAUGACAAAAUCCCUCUCCCAUGGAAGCAAAGGUUGCAAAUCUGCAUUGGUGCUGCUCGUGGAUUAGACUACCUUCAUUCAGGUGCAGUUCAGAGAAUCAUUCACCGUGAUGUCAAGACUACCAAUAUUUUGUUGGAUGAGAAAUGGGUAGCUAAAGUCUCGGAUUUUGGGUUGUCGAAAGUGGGUCCAAUUUUCAUGGCCAAUGUUCCAAUCACAACUAUGGUGAAGGGUACUUUCGGGUACAUGGAUCCAGAGUAUUACCGAAGGCUGCAAUUAACAGAGAAGUCGGACGUGUACUCAUUUGGGGUGGUGCUAUUUGAAGUAUUGUGUGCUAGACCCGCAGUGGAUAUAAAAUUGGAAGAUGAGCAAAUAGGUCUAGCCGGUUGGGCUCUCAAAUGUGUGGAGAAUGAAACCAUUGAACAAAUCAUUGACCCUUACUUGCAAGGUAAAAUUGCACCAGAGUGUCUAAGAGUGUAUGCUGAGAUUGCAGAAAACUGCCUACGUCAAGUGGGACUUGAACGGCCAACGAUGAGUGAUGUGGGGGGGAUGCUCGAGUUUGCACUGCAGUUGCAAGAAACCGCGGAAGCAAAACAGACAGUCCAAGUUGGUGAUAGAAUUCAGGCCCAAACCAUUGAUGAAGUUGUGUAGUUUUGGUUUUCUUUACUUUUCGUCUGUCUUUUUUAUUGUUUCCACUCAUCUCUACUUUGUUUUCGGUUUUCUUUACUUUGCAUCUGUCUUUCAAGCCUUGACUAAUUAAAUUAAAAAAUAGAAUUCAAACAA